AUGCCUAGACAAACAUCGCCCUCUGUCAGGGCAGUAAACCUUCUCGGAUCUUGGGACAACUUCACAAAACCCUACCCCAUGGAACGAGAUUCUCGUAGAGACCGCGGCCAAUGGCGCGGAUGCUACUCCUUCAAGGACAUCGUUUGCGACGGUGACUCGGCCAGCAGCUUCCGCUCAAAGCGCAAUGGCGGCCUCAAGAUGGGCCACACUUACUACUACUACUACGAGCUCGAUGGUUCCCGCGAGGUCCACGACCCUGCCCAGCCCUUCACUACCAACUGCCCCUACCUCCCUGGCCAGCCGGUGAACACCAUCCACAUUCCCGUCGAACAGUCCCUCCGCCAGCGCAGUGCCUCUCUGUCUUCCCUCCACGACGAGGACUACCGCACCAUGGACCCCGCCAGCAAGUACGUCUCGCCUCAACCGACCGAGCAGAUGCUCCAGACCCGGACAACGCGUCUCGAUACCGCUCCCUGCCGCUCCGAAUCCCCGAUCCCCUUCCCGACCAAGCAUCACGUGCUGCAUAAGCACCGCCCUACCGCCCGCUCAGUCUCGCCCGCCGGCUCUAGCUCCGGCUCCUCGUGGCGCUCGCUCCCGCGCAAGCUGUUCAGCCGGAAGGCCAGCUCGUCAUCGCUGCAGUCGCAGCGCUCUGACACUCCUAUCCCUAGCUCUCUGCCGGCGGCUGCCAUGAUCAGCCGGCCGACUACUGCCAUGGGUGUGACGACCGAGACGGCCGAUGAGGUCGACGAUCGCAGCAGUGUGAGGUCGCUGCGGUCGUUGUCGCGGUCGUCGUCCGUCGAGCGGAAUGCGAGCCGCUGUGAGAGGAGUGCCAUUGGUAGCAGGUCACGGGAUAUCUCCCCCGAGUCGCUCAGGAGGUUUUUGUACGAGGAUGAGCCUGCCGAGGGUGUUAGGGUUGAGAAGGAUAGCAGCGAGCAGAAGCGCUCGCUUGCUAGGGUCCAGGAUGAUCGACGUGAGCGGUCGUACUUCGACAGUGACAGCAGCGAUGACAAUGAGGAAAACGACGAUGACGACGAUGACAUCUACUUCGACGACGAAGACGACAUCAACUUCGCCACCUCCGCCGUCUCCGAGUCCUUCCCUACGAGCCUAUCUCCUCCCCCUGCGCAGCGCGCUCUCUCGCCUCCCCCUGCCACGACCAACACUAUUAAUAACCGCCUCAAGGUCUCCCCUCCAGCCCUCCGCCUCACAGCCCAUCGUCCCGCCCCCCUCAACAUCAUGACACCCUCCCUCCCCCGCCCUCCAGAUCUCCGUUCCAAGUUCUACGUCUCUCCAGCAGCCUCCCCCAGCUCGCCCUCCGAACCUCCCUCGCCCCCGCCUCUCGGCGGCUGUGAGAGCAGUAGCGAGGAGUCCGACGGUGAGGAGGAGGUGACUGUUGAGAAGCACGAACACCACCGCGAGAUCGUGAGGGAAGCCAGCAAGCACGGUGCUGCCGCGGUGCCCAGCCUGCCUGCCAUUUCGGAAGAAGGGACGGACCAGGAUUUGAUGGGGGAGUUGAUGAGUGAGCUGGGGUGGAUGUCGGGGUUGAUUCAUCACAGGAGCCCUGGGGGCGCGAGAUUUUAA